AUGCCACCAUUUCCGGAGCGAGAAAGUUCUCUUUUAGCGAAAUUGAAAAAGAAAAAAGCGCUGGCCGCAGGUAUAACCGAGGAAGAAGUGGUUGAACCUGCCAAACCAACAAUAAACGGCCAUGCUAGCCCAGAACCAGCUGCUACACCAUCGCCAGCUGUAGAAUUACCGGCGACUAACCCUCUGACGCUUAAUAACCUAAGUCCUCCAUCCCUGGUACAAAAUAAUGCAAGUGCUGGUUUACUUGUUGAUGUGUUUGAAACUAGCUCAAGUACAGUCCACAGUAGUGCGCCAACUACGUUGUCUCCUGGUGCUGAGGAAAAUCUUAAAAAGUAAGCCUAACUUGAAGCGGUUUUCAGGGUAUUUGGUUCAAAGCCAUAUCUUCAUCUUUUGGUACAAAAACGCGAAUAUGAUUUUAAAGCACGAUAAGCGUUUCUAAACCAUAUCCCUGUUUUGACGCGAAACGCAGAUAUGACUUUAAUAAAUAACGUUCUAUGACAACAUGACUAUACAUUAAAGCCGUCUUUCCAUUAGGCGGAAUUUUGCGCGCGGAGCGGAAUUUUUCUUUGUCUUUUCUAAUUAGUUCCACCCGAGAAAUCACAAGACAAAGAACUAGGGGUGGACCGGAACCAAUUUUUUAAGUUCCGGCCGGAACUGGAAAAAAGUUCCGGCCGGAACCGGAACUGAUCCAUUAAGCUAUAUAUAGUCAUAUGUUACUUUGUCUGCUGCCAGACAGGCAGACACUUCAAGUCACCAAGGAGAGAGCUCGCAAAUGUUAGAAUAAAAAGAUUGACAAAAGUCAUAAUGAAGUGUUAAUAGUGUACAUUCUCUUUGUGUAGUCCAAAUUAACUCAAUGCUAUUCAAUAAAUAAAUUUGAUAUUCUAUCUCUCUAGAAACGACAGAGUUCCGGUUCCGGCCAUACUUUUUUAUUAGUUCCGGCCGGAACCGGAACUCUGAAAAAUUGGGGUGCACCCCUACAAAGAACAUUUCCGCUCCGCGCGCAAAAUUCGGCCUAAUGGAAACCGGCUUAAGGACAUUUUCCAUUGCGGUCACUUUGUCCGCGCGGGUGGUGCGACCAAUUUUAAUCACGUGAAAAAUCAGUCGCGCGUGCACGCCAAGAAAGUUGAAUGUAGUUCUACUUCAUGGCGUGUCCGCGAGCAAUGAGGCGGACAAAAAAUGCACAGGUUAGACAACUACAGAGAAAGUUGAGUGAUGUUCAAGCGAACAUCACUCAAUUUCCAAUGGAAAAUGGCCUUUAAGCCAUUGAUCCGUGCGCCAUAUUAUCCAAAACAGUUUAACAUUUUUGGGUGAAGAUUGAUAUCAUAUUCACUCACCUAUAACGUUUAUCGCUUAUCUUCAGGUUUGUCUGCAAAAAUACUGGUGUGGUUUUUGAGAAUGACAUUCUGCAAAUUGGAUUGAAAUCGGAAUAUAAAGAUUACUUUGGUAAGUUGUUAUUACGUUCAGGGCUGCAAAUAAAUAUUUGACUUGACAGGACAUUUGUCCGAUCACUUUUAAUUUUCGUCACGAGACAAGUAUGUAUAGUCACGAGACAAGUAUGUAUAGCCAUUCCGGCGCAACGUUAAGUAAAAUGCUAGAAUACCUCGUAAGUUUUAUUGCAAAAUGUAAAUUGAGUGAAUUUGCAAUCGGAUUUUGUCAAAGCAAAAAAAUGUUUAAUGUGACAAUGUAUUUUUUUGAUCGGACCAAUGUCCGAUCAAAAUUACUUUUGCUCGGACAUUUGCCAAAUUUAGUCGGACCUUGUCCGAUGUCUAGUUGCUAUUUAUCCAUUUUAUGCAUGCGAUAUUGGUAAUUUAGAGCACCAUGCCUAAGUUCUUGAACAACUAUUUAAAGUUUUGAAGCCAGUAGAUUAAGGGCGAUUUUUAUAUGUUUAAUAUGUAACACGCGCUCAAAACUAUGAGUAUAAUGUACCACUUGGUUAUAACUACAUAAAACUUUUUAAUUUUUCAAUCGGCAAACAAAGUUAGAAAGUAUGUUUAUUGCUUUGUCUGUAAAAUUAAUAAUACUCAGAUGAAGACAGUUUGGACGGAACGCUAAAGAGAAAAUGAUGUUUGAAGUUCAGUAAAUUUUGCUUAUAUUGCUGUAAACAUGGUGUCCGUUUUAAAGCAUCAUUGAUAAUUGUAUUUUAAUGGUAAUUGUUUACAUUUACUUACAAGAAUACACAAGGUAGCUAGCUGUAUGGACUAGAAAGUUGUAGAGCUAAUUAGCUCAGCUAAAAAGUAUUUUUGAUAGGUACGCCAAAAAGAUUUUAGGUUUUGAAUGCUUUCCUUCGCAAAUACGUGCAUAGAAAAAAAAAAUGCCACUUACUAUUUUUCAUAUUCAUGAUUUUAGGUCGACUGGGAUUAUUCUAUGGAAACAAGACUUCAUCUCAAUUUGCUGGUUGGCGAACAACGUUACAUCUCCCUGGUGAACUCACAGAUAAUAUCCUUUUAAUGCUGCGAGCAUAAAUACGAAAUGGCUGUGUCUUUGUAAAGUUUAUUUUGUAUAUUCAUAGUAUGGAAAGCCCAUAAAUAUGCUAGCAGCAAAAGUGCUUACUCCACGUUAAUGUUGUGCUGUGCUGUGCUGUGUUGUGAUGGUGUACAUGCAUGGUGAUUGAUUUAGAUAUGGCUUGCUUUACCUUGUUUGCUUUUUGCUGCUUGGUUCUCUUUGCACCAGCAUUAUUUGAUCGUUCGAAGCGAGAGGAAACGACACUUCAUAAUGGUAUAAACGUGUCCCUGAGUUCCUUAUAUGGCACAAACGUGUCCCAGUAGUAAUCAUGCUACGAUGUAAUAAGAUUGCUUUCGCACGUGAAAUUUUGAACAGAUCACAUGCUACAGAACCCAGACAGCUGAUUGGGUUGUAGGGUUACAACGGCCACAUUGUCAUUUAUCCUACUCUUCUAAUUUCAGUGGAAAUCUUAAAAUCACGGACAUUGAAUAAAAUCCUGCCAUGAUUAUUGUUUAGUUAGCUUUGAUCAGUUUGAUGUAGGUACAUGUUCUUUGCUGUUCUACUGUUUGGUUAUCUGUCCUUUUAUUAUUACCACUCGUUACAAUUGUGUGUGUUAUGAUGUGUGUGGCCUUGAUUGAUUUCCACUGAUUGGUAAAGUUUGAGCGGUAUUGUUGUUGUGUAUAGACGUUUCCUUGACAACCUCUUACAGUUACAAAUUGAACUUAAACCGGUGGCACAAACAGUAGAAGGAGGCGCUCAAAUACAGCAGCAAGUCAGCGUUGAAUGUGAAAACGACUUUACAGAACAACCUGUAUUGGAUAUAGCGUUUAUGUAAGUAGUUUUCAUGCAUUAUUAGUUAAAUUAAUGUACAUUCACCAACAUUGUGAAAUAUAUACUUUCAAUCGAAGUGUCGGGUUAAGGUCCUGGGGCCGGUUGUAUAAAAACGUAAUUAGCGCUAACUGUAGUUAGCGUUAAUCACUGUAGUUAAAUCCUUAACUGUAAUUAGUGAACUACAUGACUUAACUGCGUUGCACAAAACGUAGUUAGUCGGAUAGUUAACUAAUCACGUAGUUAACUGUGCGUGGGGCUUGCGUGGGGCGUUUAAACACAAAAUUACAUAAAGUAAGCAGGGAGUAACGACCGCUGACACACAUUUUCAACAUGAUUGUGGACUCGUAUUUUGCAAAUAGGCGGGAAUUUUAUUCAAAACACUAGAAAACAGUGAAAAAUAAACAAGAAAACAAGGAAAAACCGCCACAAAAAUCAUAAAAGAAUGCAGUUUUUCCUUGAGAUGUCUACGUUAAACCAAGGUAUAGCUGUUUGGCAAUUAUAUAUCAGUGUUUCUUGGUGUAAUGGACCAUACUUCGUCUUCGAGAAAUCGUCCUGUGCAAAAAUAUGUUCUGUUUUCGUAAAAACACCAAAGCGAUAGCGUUUGAAGAGUUUAUAUUGUCAGGAAACAUUCACAGGGAAGAUAGCGAUUGAAAAUCUCAGGUAACCGUUGCUUUUCAUUGUUGUUUUACUGAAAAAUGUUGUUCACUCCUAUACAAACGCCAUUUUUAACUACGUUUUGGACAGUUAACUAUACCCUAAAGCAUAGUUAACUUUAACUACUUUUUAACUGCAGUUAAGGCUAACUACACUUUUAUACAACCGGCUUAACUACGUGAUUAAAGUUAACUAUUUUUUAAGGCUUUUUAACUACUUUUUAACUGCAGUUAGCGCUAACUACGUUUUUAUACAACCGGCCCCUGGACGCGGGCUAUUCAAGGCAAUUUUGUUACUAUAUAUUUGUCUUGUCUAUAUGAACGAAAAUGGAUAAUACGUGGUGCAACUUUGCUUACAGGGUUCGUAUAAAACUUGAAAAUCCUUGAAAGUCCUUGAAUUUGGAAGAAAAAAUUCAAGGCUUUGAAAGUCCUUGAGCUUAUGAAGAAGUGCUUGAAAGUCCAUAAAUUGAUCCUCCUUUAGUGGAUAUUAAUUUUCUGAAAUUGUUUGGCGUUAAGAAUUGGACAUUUUGUAACUUGAUUUUGUUCAUGUCUUACAAAGGCCAAAGCUGUUUGAAAUUCAUUAAAGUUGCCGUUUAAACAGUUUAACGUCACUUUUUACUGAUUUCUAACGCCUUCUUUUCAGCUGUAAGUCCUUGAAUUUCCUGAUACAUGACCUUUAAAAAUCCUCGAAUUUAACUUCUUCCUGACCUGUACGAACCUUGUCAGCUUAGUAAUCUUAUUACCCUAUAGAACAGUUGAGUUUUCUGUCCUAAAAUGAAAUGACUACAAACUACUCGUAUACAGGUUCUACAUUAUAUCAAGGAAACGGAGCGUAGCAUUACUCACACAUGGGCUCGACUUCAUUCUUUUGAAAACCGACAGACACGUCGAACAUUACGUAAGAUUGAAAUUAAGAUUCAAAAGAAAUCAAAUAAUGGAAUCGAGGCUAUGCGUGUAUAAUGCCACGCUCCGGUAAUUCGGCAAAUGGGUACGUGUUUUUGAUGUUACUCAUAUAAUUUGGUAGGCCUGCACUCAUUUGUAUGUUUACAAUAGUGCUUGCUAUUCACUAAUUUAGGGUUUUUUACUUUUAGUGUAAAUGGAAUAAAUCAGAGAAUAACGUUUAAAUUGCCCAUCUUUCUUAACAAGUUUUUGAAACCUUCUGUCAUGGUCGCACAGGACUUCUUUUCUCGUUGGAAACAAUUAUCAAAGUAAGUACCGAAAUCAUAGACAUAUAUAGGCGCCCGACACCGAAUUUGGCAUGAAACCAUGGAAUCCGAGGUUUUUGUCGAGUUGUCCUGUUUUCAUUUGCUGAAAUUAUUAUAUUUUUCGUGUUUCGGCGAAAAUACAUGUAUGUCAAGCAAGUAAGGUAUUCAAAAUCGUAAUUACCGUACUUGGUCUAAUAAACACUUCUUAUAUAACACACACCCGGAUAAUAUUCUGACAUGUAUUGGCAUGAAACGUGAUCGGACUAAUGAGACUAGGGAAUGUUCGAGUCAAUUGUAGUGUUUGUAUACGCAAUUAUGCUUGUUUUUUAUAAAUCGUGGAUUCAAGUUGCAUACUGAAUAUCUUUCAUAAAGUACAGGUACUUUAUGUACUUCAUUUUAAAGGUACACCUUGAGUCCUGAAGCACCAGUUAGGUCGAUGUCAAAUUGCUGUAUACACAUAAUAAUAAAUUUGUAACCAAAGCACAUUGUUUAAGAAAUAGAAAACGAGUCGCGUGCGUUUAUGGUGUGAUAAUGCACGCGGGGAAUAUUGGGAGAAUACGAGAGAAGCGUGUAAAAUACGAGGCGUGGCCGAGUGUUUUACACGCUUCUCGAGUAUUCUGCCAACAUUCCCCGAGUGCAUUAUUGCACUAUAAACGCACGAGACGAGUUUUUCUAUUUCUUUUGUAAUAUAAGUAGAAGAUAAUACAUAGUAAAAAAUUUACUCAAAAGAUCGACGUUGAAAUUCUCCUAACAUGUACUCAGUGACGUCACGCGCAUGCUUUUCCUGUCGCUUGAAUUUUUAAGCAAGCGAAGGAGCGAAAUUGCCAAAACAAUACAAACUUUUGAUGCUUUAAAACUGGAAAGAUUGUUUGAAAUGCUGGAAAUAAAAACAGUGAUACACAGACUAAGUUUUUCAGCAUUUGGGCUGCUGGAUUUGCCAUGAAAGACGUUAAAUCAUAGGUUUUGUCGUGUUGCUCAGUUUUAAAUUUCGAAAUUAUUGUAUUUUUUGUCUUUCGCCGAAACUAUAUCUAGCACGCUUUUGCACGCUUUUGCCCAAAACCUGUCGAGACAACAACAUAUUGGACGAAUGCCAAGCCAGUUAAUUUUACACGUAGAACUAUAGAAAAAUUGCUUUGUUCCUUAUUUGGUCUCUUCCUUCUUGCUUUGUGAUACAUUUUAUAUUUUAGAAGCUCUGUAGUUUUGUUUAUAUUUUUGGCUAAAAAGCAGUGAUGAAGAGGGGAAAAAAACAGAGAAAGAGCAAAGCAGUGCCACAGAUCACAGUGCAUUAUUGCGUCACAAUGCACGCGCAUUAGCCAAUCAAAUCGUCUGUUAUAUCACACUUAUAUUAUAAUUUCUUAUAGUCCAGGCCAAGAGUCGCAAAAUGUGUUUCAAGCAGCGUUUCCAAUGGAUGCUGAAACAGUGAAAACAAAGGUAGGAGACAACGUUAAAACAGCGAUAGAUAUUAUGUUAAGGAAAGCUCUCUUAUAUAUCUGAAUUGCUUGGAAAAUUGUUAUUUGUUGAAGACCAAACAGUAUUGUACUUAGUUAAAGAGUUGGAAAUUUUUCUGAUGGAAUUAUGUGACUGUCAUUGCUCUGACUGCAAGAACGUUCAUUGCAUGUUUUCAAGUUAAAUUACUUAAAAGCCAAAUUAUCCGCCAUGGAAAUGGCAUUGUUGGCAUAUAGCAACCGCUGUCAUGUAAUUUAAAAAAAAAUCUAAACCCAUAUGUUGUUUUGUAUUUUUCAGCUACUUUUUACGAUUUUUUAAAAAUAAAUAAUUGUGUUAAAAAUAAAUAAUUAUCGCUUUUCAAAGACUGUCCUUUAUACAGUAAACAGAAAAAUACAUGGGUGCUUGGAAAUACCAGAUUUAUUUCUCGUGUUGAACAUGAUAUCAUGUUCAACACUCGAAAUAAAUCCGGUAUUUCCAAGCACCCAUGUAUUAUUCUCUAUAUAAUCACCUCAACGGCAACCAAUCAGCGUGGAGAAUUUUCAAUAAUCACCUGUGUAAUUAUACUAAUUCAAAAUAGUAAAAGAAUAAAAAGUGCAUAUAUAUGGACCAAGGCUCACCGCCGUUAUUUUCUAGUUAAAAAUGUUUUCCCUGUACAAGACUGCCUGUACGACAAUAACCUCUGGGGAAGGGGGGAUUAAACAGCAACGAUAAAAUAAAAUAUCAUGUCACAUUUUUGAAAUAUUUAUUGUGAUAAAGAAACGUUUUCUAAUUUAUAUUUUAGCUGAUUGGAUUUGGUUGUGGCGUAUUGGAAAAUGUUGACCCGAAUCCAGAGAACUAUGUUUGUGCUGGUAUAGUAGGCACUAAGGUCACUCAAGUCGGUGUGCUUAUUCGAUUGGAACCAAAUUUAUCUUCACAGGUAAGUAUCUUGAUUCGCUUUUCUUGGGCAGGAAUCAAACAGGCCCAUAUAAGGCCAAAAAAAAUAUGUGGGUUUCCGGUUUCUUCUUAUAAAAACUUAGCCUUAGGUAGGGUAGGUCGGUUUUAACUUUUUUUUUAAACUUUUUAAAAAAUUUUCUAACAACCGGACGCCAUUUUGUUUAGUCAGUGCUUCCACAUCCAAAGAUAAAUUUCCCUAAUAUUGCCUCAAAUUUCAAUUUUCCACAAACUUUUUCCUCUAAGUGGAAACACUUACAAGCAUGAUCCAAUAAAAACGUUUAGGGUCGGGAAACCGGAAACCCAUAUAUUUUUUUUGGCUUAAUCUAUCCUUCUUGCGUGGCAGCAAAAUUUAAAAAUAUGAUUUUCUUGUUUACAUCCAAUUUACAAGUUUCUGUACAAGAAACCAUCGCCAUUUCAGAUCAAUGCCACUGCCAGUAACAUAUUCGAGGCUGGACACGUCCUGUUAAUUUACAUUGUUUUUGGCGUGUUAAACUAGGCCCGUUUAGACAAUCCGACAUCAUCCAAAUUUAUUGGUCCAACAACCGCUAACAGCAAAGGGCGAACUUCAAAUCGCAUUUGUUGAUCAGUUUACGACGGCUAAGUAGCUAACUUAUGUAUGGUGUCCUAGGAGCGACAUCAACAUUUUUGUUUCAUUUUUAAAUUUAUUUGCAUUCAAUUUACUUUUAAUGUAUUUUAAUUUUUAAAAGUUAUCUUUUUCUUGUUUCUAUUUUGUUUUAAAUUAUUUUAAAACGUUUCAACUCAGUUGGUUUUAAUUUAAAAUUAAUGAUGUCUAACUGCCGCAGAGAGACUGGAGAGAGCAUGCGCCUCAUUUGAUAAUCCUGGUCAGCGGUAGAUCACGUUAAUGCACUGAGCUAUAUAGAUAUAAUCACAGAUUAAGAACAGAUGUGUAACUUCGGUAAAAAAGUUGUCCCACGGUCGCCAUCUUCCUAUCAAGUGUCGCUCGCGUGAUAAUUCGUCAUUUGGUAAUACGUCUUGCUAUCAAAAAUGCUUUCAACACCUUUUCAAUAACUUUAAUUGCUUUCAACAACUUUAAACAUUCAACAUUGAUUGUUUAAUCCAAAAAUUUCGAUCCAAAAAGGCCGCAAUAAAGUGCAAAAAAAUUAAAAGUUUGUGUUUUUCAGGACGCCAUUUUGCUAGCAAGUGUGAUGGCGUGAGCAUGACGUGUAUGUACAUCUAGGGAAAUUUGAGGACACGAAGUCACAGAUAUAGGCUACACAGUUGCCCAACUUUUUGGUUUUUCCUAUGAUUUUCCAUUAUUUCCAACGAUUUUGGCGUAACCGUAAUUCGUCAUCAAAAUGCUGACGCCAUGGUCCUAACCAGUGCGCGUUUGAGAGACAUUCAUCCCCCUGAUAAUAUUCAGAAUGGCGGACAUCCAGGGAGGGUGCUUCUCAUAAGCGCACUGGCUAGGACCGUCAGCAUUUUCAUGACGAAUCAUGGCGUGGCAGCGGUUACUCGAGUCGACCUUCCGUAUAUCUUUUCGUAUGUAGCGGUUACUCGAGUCGACCUUCCGUAUAUUGUCUUUAUUCUGUGACGAAGUCCUAUUAAGUUUCACAUCUGGUCAUACUUAAUCUGUGAUUUAAUGUCUCUUCUCGGACAUGAGGAUUUUUUUUUAAAUCGUCAUGUCCGAGAAGAGACAUCAUUAAUUUUUAAAUUAAAAUUCAACUGAGUUGAAACGUUUUAAAAUAAUUUAAAACAAAAUAGAAACAAGAAAAAGAUAAAUUUUAAAAAUAAAAAUACAUUAAAUGUAAUUUGAAUGCAAAUAAAUUUAAAAAUGAAACAAAAAUGUUGAUGUCUCUCCUAGGACACCAUACUUAUGCGCGCUUCGGUUUUAAAGUCCUAUCUUCGAACGGCUAACUGUUCACCUCAAAAUACAAUUCGAAGUUCGUCGCGUUGGUGAUUAGAGGUCCACUGUAAAUGUCAAUCUUAUAUGGUCUCUAUUGAAUGGAAAUUUUGAACAAAUUUGGAGAUCCUUCAUCUGGCAACAUGACCAAGCAUGGUGUUUAAACAGACCCAACAUGUUGCCAACCAACAAUGUGAAUGGUCAUUACAAGCUCUGGGGUACACUAGAAAUCGGUAAACAGCUUCGUUUUGUUUGGAAAGUGAAAACCCUGGAUAAAAACACUCACAAUUGUUUUCGAAAUAUUCUUGUGAACUUCACAAAGAUAAUGGCAACGAAAGUUAAGAUGAAAAAAAUAAUAGUCAAUUUUAAAAUAUCAUAUCCAUGUAUGUUAAUAUUACGUGCUGGAGGUUACAGCAAUUAAAACUUCAAAAUGAUAAACUAAUUUACUAAAUCUAAAUCCUCUACCGCCAAUAAACAGUCGGACGUCUAGCUGUAUAAUCUAAACUGUCCUCUGGGAGAGGACUAAGCAAGUGAUACCAUCCAUACAUUCUCUUCAUUAAGAAAUAAAAUUCAAAUAUGCUUAUGAAAAUACUGUAAUUGAGAAAUGUAUUUUAAGUCAACGCUAAAAAUGUUUCUUUUUUUUUUAGAUGUAUCGUCUCACUAUUCGUACACCAAAACCAGCAGUCUCAUCUCAUCUUUGUGAAAUAUUGAACAAUCAAUUGUAACGUACAGCAAUGACGAACAUGACUGAAUAUCUUUCGCACAGCGGAACAUCGCGAGUCCUUGGUUUAUUACGGCCCGACGUAUUUUUAUAAAUACAUUUUAACAUGCCUUUAUAGAUAGACAAUGCAAUAAUCCAUCGUGAUUGGAAUUUAAAAUGCCCAAAUCAAUGACAGCCAAAUCUAUGACAACGUCAUAGUAAUUUAUAUAAAUUGUCCCAAAUAGCUGUGCUUAGUAAUAAUGAUUUUAAGAAUGUGUUUAGGUAACCUCUGUCCGUGAUUUCUCUAAUUGUAAUCAGAUUCCCAAUGGUAAAUUAUAAAAUAUCAGUAUCCAA